GACCCAUUGGUCUCCUGUGUGUUAGUGUUAGUGCUGGCACACCCAUGGACUGUUCACUGACCAGCUGAAGCAUACUGCAAGAAGAAUUGGCAAGAGAGAAGUUUCAAUUCGAUAAGCUGAUACCCAACUUCUAGGAGUCAGGGAGAACAGAUUUUAUCAGUCUGUUUGGAAAAGUUAGGAGAGUGCUACUAUGAGCACUUUAGAGGAAGAGCUAGUCACUAUGGCGCUAUGAACCUCACAAUGUAUUUGAUUUAAAAUGUAUUUUGAGGUAACUGCUAAAAGUAAAAGGAAUAUCCUAAAGCACAACUAUAUAUUCAGCAUGGUUUUAAGAGAUUUGUUUAGACCUGUUUUUUUCUCUACAACCUUAUGUGUCAUUAGAUGAAUGAACUACUUUGUUAUAUGCUGUUCUAUUAUUGUGGUAUAAUUGAUUUCAGAUUUAACCACCCUUAAGCAACAUAGGGGAAAAAACCAAAACAAACAUCCUUCUUCCUGUCUGAGUGGGCUCGGGGUUCAGAACAAGUUAAAAUGUGCACCAUUUUUAAUGCAGAUAAACCUGUGAUACCUGUGUGCUAGUGCUCCAUCUUCACAGCAAUAUUUUCUCAUCCAAAACAAUGGUUGGUUACAAAAAUACAUGUUUUCUUGACCUAUAAGAGUCACUUCUAAUGGUCUGUUAACAGAUAGUUCUGAUCUUCUUUAUUUAGCAUUUUACUACAUCACCCCUAUCCUUUCUAAUGCCAUAUAUUUAAUGUCUAUCCUUUAUAACUUCUAAACCACCUUUCUAAACUUAUUCAAUUACAUCCUUUAUUCUCUUGCACACCCCAUACUUUGGUUUAAUUUAAUUCCAUUUAUUUGUAUAGGGCUAUUACUUUCUAUGCUGCUCUAAUGCUUAUGUAUUUAAUCAGCUGUUCUCUCUUGCCAUAUAAACAGUCAUCUCUCUCUUUCCUUUCUCUGCACUGUAACUCCCGCGCACUUAAUGUUAUUAACAGGUGUUUGUCCAAAAUAGAACUCUUGCCCAUGCACAUACACAAACAUUCAUGGAUCAACUGACAUACACUCAACUUUCUUUCCCACACACAUGCAGAACUCUCAACAACAUACACUUGAGUUCAAAACAGGAAAACCGAAGAUUCUGGACAUGCAAUGAAAAAUACUCUUGCUGGACCCAUCUUCAACCUCUACCCAGAAGCUAUCAUUCAUUCCAUAACAGUUUCUACAACUUGAUUGCAUGAGCCCCAGUUAUAGCCACUUGCUUUCUCUCUCUCUCACUCACUCUCUUUCUGUACGGACAUCCCUCCCUCUCUUACCUUCACAGCUGAUUUUCUAGUAUCUAGUCAUCAGAUCUUCAACCACACAGAACAGGUGCAUCAAAAAGAGGAGUGUAUCUUCUUUUACUACUCUAUAAGACCUCAAUCCAGUCUCUCAUCAAGUCUCUCUUUUCAUCUCAUCACCCAUUUAUUCCUGUCUUGUUACUGCCUCCCCUCUUUUCUUGACAUCAGUAAAUUCUCAGUCUACACUCUUUAGAAAGGAGCCCCUGUCACUUGGAUUUCUUGUACACUGGAUUCUUUUUACAUCACAGAACAUUUUAAUUCACUGUCAUCUCCUUUUCCAUUUUUGAGCCUUCAAUUAAUACACUUUUCUGCAUUCUCUUUUCAUUGUUUAUUCGCCCACCUUACUCCAGUCUAAUCUCUUUAGUCUUAGUUUUUUUUUUUUUGCAGUAGUCAUUGCAGUGUGUCUCCUUCUGGGAGGUUUGCCCCACAUCUUUAAAGGUUGGGGCUGCCAUGUGGUCCAAUUUUUUUUUACAGCAAGAGGAGGAUGGGAGAGGAGGUAUGGCUGCAAUGGGUGGGGCAGGGAGUAAGGGUGGGCGCGGUGCUAAAAGGUCAAGGCCCCCGCGAAUGAGUGACAGCCAGGAGGGCAAGAUCAAGCUGGCAUUUUUCGUCGCCAUCAUAGGUGUGACGCUGACGGUACUGGGCAUGGGUACAGAGUUUUGGGCAGAGCUUUCUCAGCCAAAACACUUCAGGAACAACCAGACGUGUGAGAUGGCACAUUACGGCCUUUGGAAAUCAUGUGUGCGCACACUAUGGGUGUCAGAUAUUGACCCGGAGAGAGAGAGCUGUGGACCAGCAGAACUGCCUGGAGAAUCUAAUUGCACGUUCUUCAAACUCUAUACUUCUGGGGAGAAUACUGUCAUAUUUCAUAAAUCGACAGAAAAGGGUUUGCAUAUAGCAGCUGCAGUGUUGGCUUUGCUCAGUUUGUUUCUAAUGGUCAUGGGCUCUGUGUGUAUCACCAUGUCCCUUAGUAAGAGUGUACCCUUCUUCCUCAAACCUGCUACCAUCUGCUUCGUCCUCUCAGGUGUCCUGGUGCUGUUGUCCAUCAUUGUCUUCCACCAGUCUGUACUGGCAUUACUGGCAAGUGAUCACAGUAUACCUCUCCAUCAUGAGCUGUCCUGGUCAGUGGCAUGCGUUGGCUCGGCUGGGGCCAUUCUAGUCUUUGGAGGGUUAAUGUUCCUGUUGCUUUCCCUCCCCUACAACCCCCUGGAGAAAUGUUUCCGUCAGCAGAGCAGUAGUGAUGCCUAGCUCUCAGGGGGACUGCCAGUAAGUGAAGUAGCAAAAGAUCUUUUAUACUCUGAUGCUGCUAAUGAAGAUAUCCACUGAUGUUAUAAAGGACGUCCAAACCACUGAAUAUAAAGAGUAACCAAUUUCAUAAUGUUUUGCCAUAGCUAGAAAACUGUCAUUAGAAUUGCUUGUCAAUAGGGAUAGUUCCCCCCAAAAUCAUUUACUAACUUUCAUGUUGUUCCAAAACUGUAUGACUUUCUUCCGUGGAACACAAAAUGAGAUUUUAGGCAGAAUUUUAACCUCAGUUAGCAUUAAUUGUGUUUUUUUCUCUCUUCAAUAUAAUGAAAGUGAAUGGUGACUGAGGUUAAAGUGAUAGUUCACCCAAAUAUUAAAAUUCUCUCAGCAUUUACUCAUCCUCAUGCCAUCGCAGAUGUGUAUGACUUUCUUUACUCUGCUGAACGCAAAGAUUUUUAGAAGAAUGUCUCUGCUGUAAGUCCAUACAAUGCAAGUGAAUGGUGGCCAGAACUUUGAAGCUCCAAAAAGCACAUAAAGACAGCAUAAAAGGACUCCAGUGGUUAAAUCAGUGUCUUCAGAAGUGAUAUGACAAGUGUGGGUGAGAAACAGAUCAGUAGUUAAGUCCUUUUUUACUAUAAAUUUUCCUCCCUGCCCAUUAGGUGGUGAAUCGCCAAAAACAAAAGAAUUGAAAGUGGAGAUUUAAAGUAAAAAAUUAUUACAUGGAUUUAAAAAAAGACUCGGAUUUAACCAGUGUAGUCAUAUGGAUAAAUUUUAUGCUGCCUUUAUAUGCUUUUUGGACCUUCAAAGUUCAGGCCACCAUUCACUUGCAUUGUAUGGACAUACAGAGCUGAGAUAUUCUUCUAAAAGUCUUCGUUUGUGUGCAGC